CACAAGUCAGUUGUUUGUCACAACGCCAUCCGUUUCCAUUACUUGCAGUGAAUUGCACUUCGUUGUAAAGAAUUGAAUGGUUGCGAAUUAUUAAGUACCUAACAAUGAGCGAAUUAGUUUGGGGAAUUAAAAAUGGCGAUAUAGAUCAAGUAAAAGAUAUCAUCGAAAAUAAGAAAAUUGAUGUUAAUGCUCUCAUAGAUGGUAGAGUACCACUCCAUUAUGCUGCUGACUAUGGACAAACAACUGUUCUGAAUUAUUUAUUGGAUAAAGGUGCAGAUCCUAAUAUGAUAGAUAAACAUGGUAUAUCUGUCCUUUUGGCUGCAAUUUGGGAAGGUCAUACUGACUGUGUGAAAACAUUACUUAAGAAUGGUGCUUCUAAAAGUGGAAAAACUCCAGAUGGUACACCAUACAUUGAAGCGGCCGAAAAAGAUGAAAUCAAAGAACUGUUAACAUAGAAUACCUUUUGUGACCAGAAAUUCACCACAGCAUCUAAUGGAAACACUCACAUUAAUAUAUUGUGAAAGCUAAUCAAGAUAUAUCCUAGGAUUGAAAAUUAAUCAUAAAAUAUUUUUACAUGCAUUUAUUUACAUUUUAAUGAAUUAUUUUUAUAUGCUCAACAUAUGGAGUUAUAAAUCACAUAUGUAUUUUGAUUGUGCGUCCACUUAGGAUUAGUUUGUAUAUUCAAGGCCUAUCUAUAUCUUUAUUAGGAAAACUUGCACAGAUAUUUGCAUGAAUUGUCAUCUUAAAUAUUAUAAUGUACAUGACAAUUAGACUGCAGGUGUAAGAUUUCCAAAUGGCCUUAUAAUCUAAAUUAAGCUAAUAAAUAAUUUAUGUUAAGAUAUAACUCCAAGGGGAUAAGUAAGAUGUAAUUUUUGCUAAAAAUAAAACUAAACCAAUAUAAGAAUCAGGCUUCUAUUUCCCUUCAUAGUUGAGAACCAUGUCAUAUAACUUAUAUAUCAUGCAUAAAAUUUCUCUUUGGCCUAUUUAAAUAAAGACAUGUAUGUACAUAAUGUAAGCCUUAACUUACUUGAACUACAAAAUAUAAAGGAACCUAUCUGGAAAAUAAAUUAAUAUGCAAACCACAA